CCAGACAGACAUGCAUGUUGAAAGUCUGCUGUCUUUCUCAACCAUUAAUGUUUAUAUUUUUUGAUUAACGUGACGUUUUGCACGCUGCGAGACUUAAUCUCACAACACGUCAGAGUGGGAACAUUAGUUGCCAGAGUUUUUUUGCAGCUGGACUCAUUUGAAGGUCUGCAGAGAUGUCGUGCGUGUGGCAGCAGGAGCCGUCGGGUUAUUCCCCGUGCGUGGAGAUCGACUCCAGCUCCGUGAGGACCAAAGAGCGGCUGGGCUCCCCGGCCUGGCUGAAGCAGGAGCAGGACGACCUCCGCAUCAUCAAAUGGGAGAACUUCCACUCUGGAGCUUCAGCCGACGCUGUUCAGGACAACACGCCCAGCAGCGCCAUGUCCUCUGGCUCGCACGGGGACGGCCUCCCUCCCAAGGUGCUGCUGACCAUCACCAAGCUGCAGUGCCUGCUGGAGAGCAAACAGGAGCGCAUCGUGUCGCUGGAGAGGCAGGUGGACGACCUGAUGCAGGACCGCAAGUUCCUGCGCAGCCAGAUCGAAAACCUCACCAGCAAUCGCUCCUUGCAGGCUUUCGUUUCGCCCAGUCCAGUCGUGGAAGCUCCUAAAUCAAGCAAGGUGCAGCAUUCAGAAAGCAGACCUCGAAAGAGGGAGCGGGCUUCUUCCAGUUCCUCCAGCAGCAGCGACGGCGGCUCGGAGGCGUCCGACGCUUCGGAAGUGUCGGCGGCCUCAAGCGAGCACAGACGGAAGAAACACCACAAGGACAAGAAAAGAUCCAAGAAAGGGAAGGACUACAGCAGGAAGAGAGCCACCGGCGUCCAGUACGUCAUCCAUCGCUACAAACAAGUCCUGUCUGCUUUCGUCAAGAAGAAGAGCAUGAGUGAGGCGUUCCGCCACCUGGGCAUCGACCGGAACACCAUCGCCAACACGGCGUCCAUCGCCGAGCUGCACCUAGCCGGCAAAGACAUGGUGCCCCUGGUGGGAAUGUUCCGCCAGGGGGAAGAGACUCUGGUCAGCUACGCCCAACGGUGCACCCUGGUCAUCGACAGCGACGCCGAACUGUCCAGAAAGAUCGACCAGAUGAAAGCCAACUGUGAGCUGCUGCCCAUCUCAGGGAAACGGUCCACGUUGCUUUCUCACAUGCAGCCACUGGGGGGCGCUGCAGACAGAUUAGACAUGGUCGGCCUGGCAGCCGAUUGGCUAACGUCCACCGCCAACACCAACAUGUUCACCUAUGAGGUGGCUCCGGUGUUUGUGCUGCUGGAAUACGUCACUCUGAAGAAGAUGCGGGAGAUCAUUGGCUGGACGGACGGGCGAGGAGACGGCAUCUUCUCCCCCGGUGGAGCUAUUUCUAAUAUGUACGCCAUGCUGCUCGCCCGCUUCAAGAUGUUCCCUGAAGUGAAAGAGAAAGGCAUGUCAUCUGUUCCCAGACUCGUGGCCUUCACGUCGGAGCACAGCCAUUUUUCAAUCAAAAAAGGAGCGGCAGCUCUCGGCAUCGGGACUGAAAGCGUUAUCUGCAUCAAAGCAGAUGAAUGCGGUAAAAUGAUCCCGGCCGACCUUGAGAGGAGGAUACUGGAGGCGAAACAGAAGGGUUUUGUUCCGUUCUUCGUGAGUGCGACCGCGGGGACGACGGUGUACGGAGCCUUCGACCCUCUCAUCGCCAUCUCCGACAUCUGCAAAAAGUACAACAUCUGGAUGCAUGUGGAUGGAGCGUGGGGAGGAAGUCUGCUCAUGUCCAGAAGACACAGGUGGAAGCUGGAUGGAGUUGACAGGCAAGACACGGGCAACUCUGUAACAUGGAACCCUCACAAGAUGAUGUCCGUCCCUCUGCAGUGCUCCGCGCUGCUGGUCAGAGAAGAGGGUCUGAUGCAGAACUGCAACCAGAUGCACGCCUGCUACCUGUUCCAGCAGGACAAACAUUACGACCUCUCCUACGACACCGGAGACAAGGCGCUGCAGUGUGGACGCCACGUGGACAUCUUCAAGCUGUGGCUCAUGUGGAGAGCUAAGGGCACCAUUGGCUUCGCUCAGAUUGACAAGUGUUUGGAGCUGUCCGAGUACCUCUACAACAAAAUCAAAGACAGAGAAGGAUACGAGAUGGUCUUCGAUGGAAAACCGCAGCACACCAACGUCUGCUUCUGGUACCUCCCCCCGGGGAUGCGCUACAUGGAGGACAAAGAGGAGAAAAAGAAACGCUUGCACAAGGUGGCUCCAGUGAUAAAAGCCAGGAUGAUGGAGUACGGGACGACCAUGGUCAGCUAUCAACCCCAGGGGGACAAGGUCAACUUUUUCCGCAUGGUGAUCUCAAACCCCGCCGCCACCUUCGAGGACAUCGAUUUUCUUAUCGAGGAGAUUGAACGCCUCGGCCACGAUCUAUAAGACUCGUCUCCCCAAAAAGCUCCUGUACUUAUCCCUCUUGACGGAUGAAAUGCUUGUCGUGAAUGUACUGGUAAACAUUUUCUUUUCUCUCUUUCCUGCAAAAGUCACAUAUUUAAGAGUAUAUUUGAGAAAAAGAUCUAAAGAUGUAUCCAUAUAUCAUGUCUUGCAGCUUUGCUGUGGGCCGCUUUGGUCCAGAGCCGUGUAAAAGUGCUUCUGUCUGCCUUUCUUAUAGUGUAGUGGCUCCCACAGUAGUGUGAAGUGAUGUAAAUUUAUAUGUACCUUUUUGUGAUAUGAAAAGCUUGUAAGUCAAUGAGGAAGAGUUUUAUUUUUGGAUCAUUUCUCAUAUGCUAAGUAUGUUGUUAGGUGCCAAAUGUGGUUCUGUUUCUGUUGUAGGUUCGACAUUUUAAACUACCAAUUGAAAAGAAAAUUAGCACUCGACUUUACCUCAGCUUAAUCAACUGCCUUUACAUCUGCACACAGUUCGUCACGUGGUGAUUUUGGACAAAACAUCUCUUACGCGGUGUUAUACAGUGCCAAAGGCAAUCAUUUAAAAACGUGUCCCAACCACUUAAGAUGUGUAAGCAUGCAAAGAAAAGGAGAGUAUUUCCACCAAAAUGACAUAACAAACAGAUUAAAACACCGUCCUUCUUACUAGUGUGUUAAAGUCAUAAAAAAGGGGUUUUUAAACUAUUUUUGUUGAUGUCAUGAACUUGCUUCAUGGAAGUUAUCGGCUGUAAAUGUAUUUGUUCGAUAGUGGUGGAGCUAUAAUCCUUAUGUUUUCUAGUUUUUCCAGUUAUUUGAAAGUAUGUCUUUGCUGUAGUUGCUGCUCUUUUAUAUCGGUGGAGUCACGUCACCUGUCCUGAAGCACAAGAAAGUUUAACAUUCUUAGGUAUCACUGAUGUCAGCCCUCUGUUUUUAAGCAGCAGACACGUUGAAGUGCAGCCUCAGCGUGUCGGCUGCUCCUCGGGUUCAACACGUGCACGAAUGACGAUACUGAGACGCCAUGUGCUGUAAUCCUUCUCAGUUGGUUCCAAUCAAAGUUGUUUGGUGGGAUAUUUAUACACAUAUUGAUUGAUUCUGCAGCCAGGCCAGCUGACUCUCUGCUGAUGCAGACGCUCAAAGAAAUAUCUUAAAAGGUUUGUGAAGUUUCAAAUUUCACGGUUUCUUGUCUAUGGAGUCUAGGAGGUA